CGAUAAAUAAUAAGUGAUAAAUGGCAGGAAAGAAAAUAGGUAUGUAGUACAAAUAUUGCUUUUUACUAGAACAAUAGGACGAAAUAUACAGCUAAGAUGUAGGUUUGAUUUCGACCGGCGGACUAUCUAUAUAUAUAUACGUAGACUCUAGCCAACCAGGAUAAUCGAUGCUACCCAUUAUGGAAGUACCGGCAAAUGUAUUGCCUUCGAAAACCGGGCUCCCGCCUUAGAUUGCCAGGCCGCCUUUUGGCCAACGCAUAGAAAAAGAUGCGUUCCUCAGAACUACAUUGUGAAGUUCGAGCUAUCACCCAAGGAGAUCACAGACCCGCCUAUCUUCCGCACUCUCUCCUGUCCCGCCGACGCUGUUUUCCAUCAUCUGCACAUGGCCCUACAAGUCGCUUUUGGCUUGGCGACUACCCAUUGCUUUGGGUUCGAGGCCUCUCAUAUACCUUCGCCCGAAGAGAUAGCCGUGUUCCGAGAAAUGUGGACGAAUCCCAGGUCCGAGCAACAGCCUGGCCCAUCUUUCCCAGAUCAACCCCUACUCCGUGUUGUCGACCCCAACAUGGAGGAUGAGUCCUUCGAGUUCGACUUUCAGCCAUCCUGGGCCCUACAACGCCCUAAACCCAUAGAGAAGAAAGCUAGUUCUUUUAUGUUGUGCAACUUCUUCGAUGACCCGAAGUACGCCAGCUAUAAGAUGGUCUAUAAUUACGACUUCGGCGACGGCUGGGAGCACGAAAUGACGCUCUUAGGACACGACGAUGCUACGCACGACUUCGUGUGCAUCGACGGUGCCGGUCAUUGUGCGGCUGAGGACGUGGGCGGAUCAACGGGUUGGCAGGAUCUCAAGGAAGCGUACCUCGCCGCGCGCCUUGAUGGGGAUCAGCGCUACCAAAGACAGUGGUUUGAAGAAGUUUGCAGUAACGCAGACCCCGCGGGUCUGGCAGGCGAUAGAGUCCACGCCUGGGAUCGCCUCCGCAUCAACGAACAGCUCAAGACUGAACGGCUCUUCCAGCACUUCAGUCGCAUGGAGUGGGAGAAGGAGGCCGAGAUGGAGAGACGUAACCAGCUUAUGCAGAGGCGUCUAGUACGUAAAGUGUAGACCAGCUAAGACGUGAUAGGAAGUUCGGUGCCGAUGGCCUAGGCAUAUAGACGACCAACGCUAGCGGGGUAGUCAGUACCUAUCUUACGUUAUUUAUGGGAGUUACUGAUGUAAGGGUGAUGAGAUGAUGUAUUUAU